AUGUCAUUUGCCGUCCUCUUGAGUUUGUUGCUAGGAGCCCUCGUCCUCUAUGUCACCAAGAUCCUGUUCACCCGCCAGAGGCCUGUUGCCCCACUGCCACCAGGCCCGAGGCCAAUACCGGUACUUGGCAACAUAUAUGAUCUACCGCCCUCGGGAACACAAGAUUGCAUGCAUUGGCUUAAACAUAAAGAGGCUUACGGACCUGUCAGCUCUAUCACGGUGAUGGGACAAACCAUCGUAAUAUUGAAUGAUGCAAAAUCGGCUAUAGAACUACUAGUGAAGCGUUCUUCCAUAUACUCCUCGCGGCCAAAUCAAGUUUUUGCAUGCGAAAUGGUGGGAUGGGAACAUUUUUUGGGACUGAUCAAAUACUCUCCUCGAUUUCGCUCCUAUCGCAAGGCAGUGCAACCAUUCAUUGGAUCUGAGUCGGCCGUGGCCCAGUUAAAUCCUUUGCAAGAGAUAGAAACCCACCGCUUUCUGUUUCGCGUCCUCGAGGAUCAGAUGAAGCUCUUGGAGCAUAUUCGGACAGAAGCUGGUGCAAUCAUUCUUAAAAUUACAUAUGGGUAUACGAUUGAGCCGCACAAGCGGGAUCCGUUGGUGCAUAUUUCAAACCUGGCCCUUGACCAUUUUUCCCAAGCCGCUAUACCAGGUGCCUGGCUGGUUGAUAUCAUUCCAGCUCUGAAAUACAUUCCCUCCUGGCUUCCCGGUGCAGGUUUCAAGCGCACAGCUCAGGCAUGGAAGAAGAAUCUCAUGACUGUUGCGGAAACGCCCUAUGCAUUUGUCCAGCGGCAAAUGGAAGAAGAUCGGCAUCAGCCGUCGUAUCUCUCUAAUUUAUUCAAAACAACAGGGUGCCCUCAACGUGGGUCGGAAGAUGAAUUUGUUGCAAAGUGGACAGCUGCGUCACUUUAUGCAGCUGGUGCUGAUACUACUGUGUGUGCUAUCGAAUGCUUUUUCCUUGCAAUGACGUUAUAUCCAGAGGUGCAAGCCAAAGCUCAAGAUGAGAUCGAUCGGGUUUUGGGGCCUUGCCAACUUCCGAAAGCAAGCGAUCGCUCUCGUUUGCCGUACAUCGAUGCUGUGGUCAAGGAGGUUUUACGAUGGCAUCCGGUGGCACCUAUGGGACUUCCCCACGCGUCAAGUGAAGAUGAUACCUGGGGAGAAUAUUUCAUCCCCAAGGGGUCAUUGCUGAUGCCUAACAUCUGGGCUAUGACGCACGAUUCUACUGUUUAUCGUGAUCCAAUGGUAUUCAGACCAGAGCGCUUUUUGGGGACUGAUGAACGUGAUCCCGAAUUUGACCCUCACGAUCUUAUCUUUGGAUUUGGGCGUCGCAUCUGUCCCGCGCGCAACUUGGCAGAUGAAACACUGUAUUUGAGUGCAGCGCAAUCGCUUGCGGUCUUUAAUAUCGGGAAAGCUAUUGAAAAUGGGAAAGAAGUUGAGGUCCAACCAAAAUUCCAGCCUGGGGUUGCCAGUCAUCCGGUACCAUGGAAGUUCCACAUCGAACCUCGCAGUGCAGCUCAUGAAUCCCUAAUUCGUUCAGUGGAGCAGAAACAUCCAUGGGAGGCGAGUAAUGCACCAGACUUGACGAAUACUCAAUCAUGA